UCCUCCUCGCUCACCUCAGCUCCCAGUUCCCAGCUUUUGGCAAACAACACGGAAGAGUCUGUGAGUCUACCACGAGCAAGAACGCCUUGAUCAGCUCCCGAAUCAAUGGCAUCCUCUGUCUCUGCGCUGCCCACCGGUGUCGCUAACACACCGGCCAAGAUCAAGAAGCCCUCCAGGCUCAAGCCGAAUGUCCCCACCAAGAGCACUGAUACCUCGGCGUCUGCCGCCGUCACCUGGAAGAGGCCAAUGCGGGCUGUCCCGGCACAGCCGCGUCGCGAGGGCAAGUCGGCCAACCCGUUCCAGCGGCUCGCGGCGGCGGCGCUGGACGCGGUGGAGGACGGGCUGAUCGCCGGCCUCCUCGAGCGCGCACACCCGCUUCCCCGCACGGCAGACCCGGCCGUGCAGAUCGCCGGGAACUACGCGCCGGUCGGCGAGCUCCCGCCCGCCGGGCCGGAGGACCUGCCCGUCGUGUCCGGCCGCGUGCCGGCGUGCCUGGACGGCGUCUACGUCCGCAACGGCGCUAACCCGCUCCACGCGCCGCGCGGCGGGCACCACCUGUUCGACGGAGACGGCAUGCUCCACGCCGUGCGCCUGGGCGGCGGCCGCGCCGAGUCCUACGCGUGCCGCUUCACGGAGACGGCGCGGCUCAGGCAGGAGCGCGACAUCGGCCGCCCCGUCUUUCCCAAGGCCAUCGGCGAGCUCCACGGCCACUCCGGCUUGGCGCGCCUGGCGCUCUUCGGUGCGAGGUCGCUCUGCGGCGUGGUGGACGCGUCGCAGGGGAUCGGCGUCGCCAACGCCGGGCUGGUGUACCAUGACGGCCGCCUCCUCGCCAUGUCCGAAGACGACCUCCCCUACCACGUCCGCGUCACCCCCGACGGCGACCUCGAGACGGUCGGCCGGUACGACUUCCACGGGCAGCUCGAAGGCGCCAUGAUCGCGCACCCGAAGCUCGACCCGGCUACCGGCGAGCUCUUCGCGCUCAGCUACAAUGUCGUCUCCAAGCCCUACCUCAAGUACUUCUACUUCACCGCCGAUGGCCGCAAGUCGCCCGACGUCGAGAUCCCGGUCGACGCCCCAACAAUGAUCCACGACUUCGCCAUCACCGAGAACUACGCCGUCGUGCCUGACCAGCAGAUGGUGUUCAAGCUCCAGGAGAUGGUGCUCGGUGGAUCGCCGGUGGUGUACGACAAAAACAAGACGGCGCGGUUCGGCGUGCUGCCCAAGCGCGCGGCCGACGCUUCGGAGCUCCUCUGGGUGGAGGUCCCGGACUGCUUCUGCUUCCAUCUCUGGAACGCGUGGGAGGACGAGUCCACCGGCGAGAUCGUCGUGAUCGGGUCCUGCAUGACGCCAGCGGACGCCGUGUUCAACGAGUCGCCGGACCAGGAGGAUAGCUUCCAGAGCGUGCUCUCGGAGAUACGUCUCGACCCGCGCACCGGCACUUCAACUCGCCGCGCCGUGCUGCGGGAAGCCGACCAGGUGAACCUCGAGGCCGGCAUGGUGAACCGGCAGCUCCUGGGGAGGAAGACUCGCUACGCCUACCUCGCCAUGGCCGAGCCCUGGCCCAAGGUGUCAGGAUUCGCCAAGGUGGACCUCGAGGCCGGCACGGUGGAGAAGUUCACAUACGGCGAGGGCCGGUAUGGCGGCGAGCCCUGCUUCGUGCCGCGCGCGGACGGCUCCGGCGCGGAGGACGACGGGCACGUGCUCUGCUUCGUGCACGACGAGAGCCGCGGUGGCACGUCGUCGGAGCUGCUGGUGGUGAACGCCAGCGACAUGCGCGCGGAGGCCGCCGUAAAGCUGCCAGGGCGCGUGCCGUAUGGAUUCCACGGCACGUUCAUCAGCGCCACGGAGCUGCAACGACAAGCCUAGCUAGAGAGCUAAGCUUACUAGCAGUAGUGACGUAGCAAAUGAAAUAUUGCUUGAUUUUUUAAAAGAGCAGUCAAAAAAAUGUGAUUAGUUUAGGUUAUGCUAACUACAUACAGCCGUACGUAGUCAUUUUUAGUGCAGACGACGGCCGUAUACCUAUGUACGUACUUGUAGCAAGUAGAAACUUUGUAUCUUGUAGAAUUGAUAGCUCUUCAGAAUAUUAAAAGAAAAUUAUGUGUACAUACAAA